GAGAGGGGAGGAGAGCUCCGUCUCUCCCGGUGCACUUGGCAGUCUAGUUGCGGGCUGCUGUGCUGUUGCUGUCGUGGCGUGGCUGGUCGCGCCAGGCGGGGAACUUCACCACACUGGAGCCCGGAGUCCCACUCUCUCACCUGCGCAGUUCGGAGCUGCCAUGGGUCUCUCGCCUGGAUUUACUGUCCUAAUUAUUCUGCCGGCCUUUCUGCUGCACACCAGCGGCCUUUACAUCGCCAGUAGCGUUGACUCCCUGCAGCAUGUCCUGGGGGAGUAUGGACUGGUGAGGCCAAUCAGUGUGGAUGCAGAAGGCCGCUUCCUGUCACAUGCUGUCUCAGCUGGCCACAUGGCAGGAGGGCAGCCCCGUAGGCGCCGGAGGAGGGAGGUACAAGUAGGCAAUGAUGAGUGGGAAGGACCAAGAGGAGUCAAGGAAGACCAAGAGCCUGUGGCACAUCAGGAAAGGCUUUACUACAACGUCACCGUCUUCGGCCGGGAGUUCCACCUGCGCCUGCGCCACAAUGCCAGGCUGGUGGCCCCCGGAGCCAAGAUGGAGUGGCGUGAUGACAGCGACAGCAUCCGGCAUUCUGAACCCCUGCACGAUGAAUGCUUGUAUGUGGGAGAUGUCACGGACACACCGGGGGCCACUGUGGCUAUCAGCAACUGUGACGGCCUGGCUGGUAUGAUCAGAAUGGAGCAAGAGGAGUUUUUUAUCGAGCCUGUGGAGAGAGGCGAUGGAGUGAUCGAGGAGGAGGCAGGGGGAGGAGGGAGGACACACAUCGUCUAUCGCUCUUCAGCUGUAAAGAAAACACCCAUCAGCAGCGCAGCAGCAGACUUCCACUCUAGAGGUGCAGAUCUCGGCGGCCUCAUGGACCUGGAGUCUCUGUAUCGCGGCGUUGAGCAGAGCAUCAACCACACACGAGCCGGGCGCAUACGGAGGCAGAGCUUGGACAGGGCCUACAACAUCGAGGUGCUUCUGGGUGUCGACGACUCCGUGGUCCAGUUUCAUGGGAAGGAGCACGUACAAAAAUACCUUCUCACACUGAUGAACAUCGUAAAUGAGAUCUACCACGACCAGUCUUUAGGAGCAAAGAUCAAUGUGGUGCUGGUGCGGAUUAUCAUGCUGGGCUACGGGAAGUCAAUGAGUCUGAUUGAGCUGGGAAACCCAUCCCAGAGUCUGGAGAAUGUGUGUCGUUGGGCCUUCCUGCAGCAGAAACAGGACACAGGGGACGCAGAGUAUCACGAUCAUGCCAUUUUCCUGACACGACAGGAAUUUGGUCCUACGGGCAUGCAGGGUUACGCCCCAGUGACAGGCAUGUGCCAUCCAGUGAGGAGCUGCACUCUGAACCAUGAGGACGGUUUCUCUUCUGCCUUUGUGGUGGCACAUGAGACUGGACAUGUCCUCGGCAUGGAGCACGACGGCCAGGGGAACCGCUGUGGAGAUGAGGUUCACAUGGGCAGCAUCAUGGCUCCACUUGUGCAAGCUGCCUUCCACAGAUUUCACUGGUCCAGAUGUAGCAUGCAAGAGCUGGGACGCUACCUACAUUCUUAUGACUGUCUCCGUGACGACCCCUUCGACCACAACUGGCCGUCGCUGCCUCAGCUUCCUGGUUUGCACUACUCAAUGAAUGAACAGUGUCGCUUUGACUUCGGUGUGGGCUACACAAUGUGCACCGCGCUACAAAAGGCGGGCCAAUCAGGAACGCAGUAUCGCACCUUUGACCCAUGUAAGCAGCUGUGGUGUAGCCACCCAGACAAUCCCUUCUUCUGCAAAACCAAGAAAGGACCACCCAUUGAUGGCACCAUGUGUGGAAAUGGGAAGCAUUGCUUUAAAGGUCACUGCAUCUGGUUGACCCCUGACAUCAUCAAACAAGAUGGAAACUGGGGUUCAUGGAGUGAGUUUGGUCAGUGCUCCCGCACCUGUGGAGGAGGAGUUCAGUUUCGAACACGUGACUGUGACAAUCCCAGACCUGCCAACGGGGGGCGUACCUGCAUGGGGGCAACUUACCAGUUCCAGAUGUGCAACACCAACGAGUGCGAGGAUAUCUACAGUGACACGCGAGAGGAGCAGUGUCACGCCUGGGACCCUCGCUUCGAACUCCACAGCAACAAGCACCACUGGCUGCCUUAUGAACAUCCAGACCCAAACAAACGCUGCCACCUGCAUUGCCAGUCAAAGGAGACACGAGAUGUGGUCUUCAUGCAGAGAAUGGCCCUGGAUGGAACACGCUGCUCGUACAAAGAUCCUCACAGCGUGUGUGUGCGUGGGGAAUGUGAGAAAGUGGGCUGUGACGGCGUGGUGGGCUCCUCAAAGCAGGAGGACAAGUGUGGAGUGUGUGGAGGGGACAACUCCAGCUGCAAAACCUUCAAAGACACCAUCACACGCACAACUAAGAAACACGGUUUCCUUAAAGUUCUUGAAGUCCCUAGAGGGGCGAGGCACUUGCUGAUCCAAGAGUUGAAAGCAGCCUCCCACACUUUAGCUGUGAAAAAUGUGGCAUCAGGACUGUUCUUCUUAAAUGGGGAAAAUGAGUACCCAGAAUCCCGUUCAAUCAUAGAGAAAGGCGUGGAGUGGGAAUAUGAGAAUGACAACGACAAGGAGACCCUUCAGACCACCGGGCCUCUCAGACAUGGGGUUCUGAUUAUGGUGAAACUACAUGGAGAUGAGGAUGUGAAUUUGUCUUACAAGUACAUGAUGAACAUGGACAGUGACUCUGCCAUUCAGAACAACAUGCUGGUGGAGGACAGCGCUUACGAGUGGGCUCCAAAGAGAUGGUCCUACUGCUCCAAGGCCUGCGGUGGAGGGAAACAAUACCUGCGAUACGGCUGCAGAAGAAAAGUUGACAGUAAGAUGGUCCACAAGAGCUUCUGCAACAAAUCCAACAUGAAGCCCAGAGGAGACAUUAGAGACUGCAACCAGAAGCCCUGUCCUCCACCCAUUUGGGUGACAGGGGAGUGGCAGAACUGCAGUAAGCCAUGUGGAAAGACGGGGAUGCAAAUCCGCUCGGUCAGCUGUGUCCAGCCUUCAGAAGACAACACCACCCGCUCUAUUCACAAUAAACACUGCAGUGACGACCGGCCCGAGACCCGCAGAGCCUGCAACAGACACCCCUGCCCCACCCAGUGGAGAGUAGGGCCGUGGUCACAGUGCUCAGUGACAUGUGGCAAUGGGACACAACAAAGGCAGGUUGUGUGCCACAACCGGGACGACACCAUCGGCUUGUGUCUGGACACUAAGCCCGACACCAUCAGAGUCUGUCGCAUGGAUCCAUGUCCCAACCUCAACAAGAAUGGCAACAUCCUGAUCCAGUGGCUGUCUCGCCCCAACCCCAACUUCUCGAAGAUCUCCUCACGCCAGCGUUGUCAUGGAGACCGCUCUGUGUUCUGUCGUAUGGAGGUGCUGAAGCGCUACUGCUCUCUACCGGACUACCAGCGCAUUUGCUGCAAGACCUGCAGCAAUGACACCGCUACAGAGCCUCCACCCACAUUUGCCUCCACUUCUCCCUCCAUCACCUCCACCCGGCCCAGCGUCACGGCUCCUCCUCCAUCCACCAGCAGCUCUGGCUCCGGCUUCACCACCAUGUCUGUUUCCACCACCAGUACCUGGACCACAACCCAUCCUCCUGCCCUCACCACUGCUCCUCCAUAUUCCACCCCCAACCCACCCAGCGUGAUGCGAAAGAUCACCACCCACCUGCCCAUUUCUACCAGUGCACCUGCCUCUCCCACAACCUUUUCCAUGGCAACCACUUCACUUACGAUGACAUCUCCCAACGCUACCUCUCACCCCCUGCCUGUGCCCGCCCCAGAUCUAUAUGAAAGCACAGACCCACAGUUACAGAGCACCACAAGGAGUCACCUCACAACAACAUCAGCUUGGUUCACCAUGACAAACCCUCCCACAAAGACCAGUCCAACUGGUUCAAAUCUACUGCAAACCAUCACUGAAACUGGCACCCAGCAAAAAUCCAAGCCCAAAAAGAAUAUUCCGCCAAAGAAAAACUCCAAACAAGGUAUUCCACCAAAGAUCAGUCAAAAAAAGAACACACCACCAAAAAACACUACCAGAAAAGAUAUUUCACCAAAGAUCAGUCCCAAACCAAAAAACUAUACUCCCAAAAAGACAAUACCAGAAAAAUCAAGUCCCAAAAAGACUACUUCUGCCAAGACAACACCCAAAAAGACUAUUCCUGCAAAGACAACACCCAAAAAGGCAACUCCGGCAAAGACAACACCCAAAAAGACUACUCCUACAAAGACAACACCCAAAAAGACAACUCCGGCAAAGACAACACCCAAAAAGACAACUCCUACAAAGACAACACCCAAAAAGACAACUCCAGCAAAGACAACACCCAAAAAGACAACUCCGCCAAAGAUAACACCCAAAAAGACAACUCCAGCAAAGACAAUACCUAAAAAGAUUACUCCUGCAAAGAACAGCCAACCUAAACAGUUUCCUAAAAUGGUUUCACCAAAAGUCAAUACCAAAAAGAAUGUUGAUCCAAAGAACAAAACUACAAAACAAAUUCAAACAAAGACAAACCCCAAUAAGAACUGGAAACCAGGACACAAAAAUUCCACAAACACACAAGCCAAGAGCAAUCAGAAUAAGGUGACUGUGAAAAAAACCUUCCCCAAAAAGAAAACAAUUACAACACCUCCCUCUUACUAUACCACAGCCCCCACUUCAUACGUGAGUCUAGAGCAUCUGAAGGAGUACUUUCCAUCAACUGUGUCAUCUACCACCAGUAUCCACACAACAAUGGUGAGCAGCUUCCCCGAACCAAGAGUCAACGUCACAUACAUCAGUGAUGACAAAGUAAUGACAGAUGAAACUCCACUGUGGUAUGACGUUGGGACAGACAUUGUGGUCACAACACCGAGUACCUUUGACGACAUCUUAGCAACUACAGAAAGCAUUUAUUUUGAUGAAGUCACAAUGCCCAGUGGAACCAUGCCUUAUAGUGAUUCAAGCAGUGGAGAUGUUACAGUUACCAGUGGGACCAUCAUCAGUGGCGAUGAUAUCACAGUGUCCUACAGCAACGUGGGAAUGGGAAGUGACACUAUGGUGCUGGACGAUGGCCUCACCAUGGUAAUCCCGACCAUCAACAGUGAAGAUAUGUCAGACCUCGCGUCUUCUCCCUGGCAGGACCUGUCUGAAUACAUCCCUGUAGGGGUUCCCACAACAACCUCAAACCCCACUACAGCCGCCCCACCUCCCACAACAAUCGCUCCAACAAUGAAACAACAAGUCCCUGUGGUGACUCCCAUCUCCACUGUAAGACCUGAGGGAAAAGCUGAAGAGAACAGUGAGAACAACAACAUUGAGGUCUCAUACAACCAGGUCACCAAUGUCGACUCUGACAUCUCUCAAAACAACAUGGUUUCAAAACACCGGGUCAACCUGAGGGAGCGAACCAGGAACAAACGCAUUCAGGAGCUUCUGGAAGAGAAAAGAAACUUUCUCCUUAGGAUGAAGAGAGGCCAUGCAGCUUGAUAGACCAAGUCUUUUCAUUUCUCUUAUAGAGAUUGACUGUUUUUUACAGACUAAGCUUUGUUUGAACCCAUCAUUGCUGCCGUGAUCCAUUCUAUCAGGCUUAUUCACAGAAUAACAAACUCUCAUAUCUAAAUCGUGGCAGUCAGGACUGUGUUAGAGACUGAAUAUCAUGACCAAAAGUUUGAACAGUUGCUUUGAAUAAAGAAAAGCCCUGUACUACAGACUGUUGCAAAUCGCUUUGCCUGUGCAAACGCAAUAAUGAAAAAGAGAAGGGAUAAAAAGUGUAGAUCCUGUUUGUCCAGCACUUUAUCAAGCUAAACUUUUAUCCCUCCAAAUCACAGUCUAAUCAAGGGUUCAUUCAGUGAAGAUGUACAUUUGAUAUUACAUAGUUUGUGUAAUGGCGUUAUCCCCAACAGCACUUACAGAUAAAUAAAUGCACCACCCAGAAUCCAAAGCUUUGAUAUUCCUGCCCAGGACUGCAGCUCAUUUCCCCCAGACUGGUGCUAAUACCUCUCAGAUGGAUACGUUCAGUAUCUGUCUCAUUCUUAAGAUCCCAGCACUUUGGACUUUCAACAAAAACUGCAAUCUGAGCUUUUGGAGGUCUAAAACCAAUGCGGUAAUGCCAUCAAACCAGAAAAUGUUCUUUUACUUUUAAUUGAGAUGUAAAAGUUUGUACUUCCUGUGUUGCCUUUUCCGAAGCGAACGUCUGUCUGACUGCAUGGUGUCUCUCAUCUCUCAGGAAGUCCACAUAUGGAAGACUGAUGAGGGACUUUGCCAAACACUUGGUGCUUUCUUCCAUGAUACGUUUUAAUACUACAGUAAGCUAAGGACAGACAAAGUGGUUGAAGAGAAAAUAUAUUUUGAUUACUUUUUUUUUUUUUUUUUUUUCAUUUUUUAAUGGUCAGUCAAGUAUGGUGCCUUUUUUCCAGAGAUGCUAAAACAGUGUCCCUCGUGCAUACAUUUAUGAACAAAAAUAAUACUUAAAUAUAUUUUCUAAAGGCUGUUUUCUGAACUAUGAGCAAUUACAAGCUUUGAGGGCCAGUUUAUUUUCUUCUUUUAAAGUUGUAUUAUUGGUACAUCUUUAACUUUCAGCAACAAAAAAAAAGCACCUACGGAUGUCUUUGUACAAAAUCUGUACAUAAGAAAAAGAACUUAAUGUUUAAUAUUUAUUAAAGUUUCAGCACCUGUGGUAUUUUGCAAA